AUGUUUGGUGUAUUGGUAUUCGCACUAGCAGUAGCCACCUCGCAGGCUUUCCUGUUUAACAAUCCAACAUGUAGAUUUCCUGCUCCUGCAAAAGGUUUCAAGCCAUCUAUGUACCAAGGUAGAUGGUAUGAAGUUGGAAAGAUCCAAACUGCUGGUGGGGCAGUUUUCCAAGAGGGCUGUCAUUGUACUUACACAGAGAUUGAACCAGUUGCUGACAAUACUGAAGGGGAACAAACUGUAGCCAACUUCUGCAAUAAAUAUGGCCACGAUGGCGAGGUUAGCACCAUCGAUGGAAAGCUUUUCAAUAUGAAGCGACCAGGAGAAUGGCAACAAAGCUUCUUCCCAUUUGUGCCUCCUGUUGAUUAUCGCAUUAUUGUAAUUGAUGACAAAGGCGCUGAAUAUGCUAUCGAGUAUGACUGUGGGACCACGCUAUCCGUCACAAACUAUUGUAUUCACAUUCUAUCAAGAACUCCAACUCUCAACGAGGAAACCGUACAAAUGCUUCUCAAGAAAGCUAACGAAAUGGACUUGAACCCAGAAAAUCUUCCAUUUGAAAGAACACCAAUUGAAAACUGCAAAUAUAAUAUGUAGCUUUAUUCAUUCCUCAAAUAAAGAAUGUAUGUCAUAAAACAAAACCAGUUAUGAGUAAUUAGGCGAUGAUAAAUUGAUGACAUUACAAUAUUUCCACUGAAGUCGAAUCACUUGGCAAACCGUAGAAGACUUCUUCCGAAUUAUUACGAAUGCUUUUGUCAGUUGAUAUUUUAAUUUUUGGGACAACACGAAUACUAAAUUUUCCAUCAAAAUGUCUCAAAGAUUCAGUUUCCAUCUUUUUAGGGUCAAAUGUAAAAUAAGGUUUGUUUGUUGUAAGCAAUUCCUGCCAGGCAUUUCCUGAGUCAAGCUGAAUUUCGUAUUCAAGAUUUCUGCAAUUUACUUUAUUAAAUGGUGGUGUCCAUUUGAUUUCCUCUUUUGGAGAUAUCUUUUUGGAGUGGACUUGGUAAUUGUCUUUUAGAAUUUGAACUUUACCAGGAAUUUCAAGGAUUUCCAAUUCACCAAUUGCUUGUUGUACAUCUUCAAAGCUUGGCGAAAAAAUAGUGUUCGACUCCUUUAAUAGCAGAAAGUGUUCAGUCUUUUGAAGUCGGUCAAAUACUUCAUUUGCUUCUUGUACAAAAGCAAACGACUUUCCGGAGGAUUUUUGUAACAUAUUUGCCUCAUUGAUCACACCUUUUGCGCCUUGUAGUAACUGCUCGCGUUUAUUUAAGUUGUCGUGGCAUUUAGCUAUGUCAUCAAUCAUAUUUUUCUCUUUGGCUUUUAGCAUUUUUUUCAACGUUGCGAACUGCUGCUUGACAUUUUUGGUAAGCUGAUUGAUUUUGACGUUUUCGUCCGACGAGAUUUUUCCAAACCCACGUUGCUGAGGUUGAGACACAGCUACUGAAAAAUCAAUGGAAUACGGACCUAUUAUUCUCAUUUUCUCACAUAGUUUAACCAUAUUAUACUUUUUAUUCUCAUGAGAGAUUAUGAACUUAUCACAAUUGAUGAUAACAUACGUCAGUGUUAAAGAGAAUUGUAUACAUGUAUAAGCUUGGGUAUAUAGCCUUACAUUGUAUUAAUACCUACCCUGCCCUAACUAUGUAUGACUAAGACGUCGAUUUUUCAUCUAGCAAAUACAUGUGCUCGAAAACCAAAUACUAAGAUAAAUUGCGCAAUAACACUGGA